AUGUUCUCGCGGUUGCAGUCCGAUCUGCGCCUGGAUGACCUGGCCCACGACCACCUGGCGGCGCCCGCGCCGCCGCCCGAGAAGCGCACCUCCUGGCGCCGCGCGCUGCUGGUCAACAGCUGGGUGCUGCUGCUGGCUGCGGGCGUGCUGGUCAUCACGGUGGUUUCGUCCAGCCGCCUGCACGUCUCGGAGCCGCUGCAGCAUGCUCACGCCGUCAAUGGAGCGGAGCCUUACCUGCUGCCCAUCGCACCUGGCCCUAUACAGUACCUGUACGUGGUGUUUGUUGGCGCCCCCUGGUAUGGCGCAGGCUCCACCAGCAGCAGCAGCUACGGCCGCCGGCGCCUGUCUGCUUUUGAAAUCGCCACAUCGGCAGGAGCAGGGUGGGCGUCCGAGGCGCCGCCUGCGGCAAUGGCGCCCCUGCACCCCGUCGAGGCGGCAGCGCACCUCCGGCGCCUCAAGUCGCACCGCGUGCUCGCCGCCGCUGCGGUCGAGUCGGGCGAGGGCGAGGCGAGCUCGCCGGCGGUGAUGAUAACUCUCAUGCAGCGGGACCCCGCAGCCGCGGCCGCCGGCCCGGCGGCGGUGCUGUCGGUGGCCGCCCUGGCCGGCGCCGUGGUCAAGCCCACGCAGCUGGGCCUCGUUCCCGUCAGCCAGCCCCGCGCCUGCCGCCUCAAGCCCGGCGCGGCGUCGCGCUGCCUGCUGUCGUUCACCGGCGGCGACGUGGACGCCGCCACGUACGUGCCCGGGCGGGAGACCUUCCUCGUCUUCCAUCUAGAGCAACCCGGGCAGGUGGCUUUCGACAUACACGCCAAGGAGCUGGGCGGCCUUGGGCCCGCCAAGAACUGGAUCGCGCUGACAAUCCUGCUGCUGAUGCUGGCCGGCAUCGCGAGCGAGCGCGUGCACCGCAUGUGA